GCGGCGCUUCGGAACACGAGCUGGGGGGACCCUGGCGGUGGGGCCUGGCCCUGCUAUAUGCCGGUGCCUCGGCUAGAGUGAGCGGCGACGGCGACGCCUCUUGCCUCGGGCUCUUUCCCAGUCGCAGCGAGUCCGAGAGGGCGGCGGGCGGCGUGAAGGGGAUGGAGGACGUUAACUCCAAUGUGAACGCGGACCAGGAGGUGCGGAAGCUGCAGGAGCUGGUGAAGAAGCUGGAGAAGCAGAAUGAACAGCUGAGGAGCCGCUCCGGGGCCGUGCAGAGCGCCGGCUCGCUGGGGCCCGGCAGCCCGGUGCGGGCCGGCGUGUCCACUCCCUCCUCGGGCGCCGCGUCCCCGCGGGGCUUCCCCUUGGGCCUCAACGCCAAGUCGGGCUGCGGGGCGAGCUCGGGCCCGAAGCGGACAAGCAGCGAGGAGCUGCGGGACGCCACCUCCUUGCUGGCGGCGGGCGAGGGCGGCUUGCUGGACGAGGUGGAGCCGCUGCGGCCCGAGGAGCUGGAGCGCCUGUCAGGCUGCGACGAGGAGGAGGAGAGCUGGCUUUACUCAUCACCAAAGAAAAAACUUACACCAAUGCAGAAAUCAGUUAGUCCAUUAGUUUGGUGCAGGCAAGUUUUGGAUUAUCCAAGCCCUGAUGUUGAGUGUGCUAAAAAGUCCCUUAUCCACAAACUUGAUCAAACUAUGUCAGCUCUCAAGAGGCACAAUUUAUAUAACAAUCCUUUCAACUCUGUGAGUUAUACAAGCCCUUACAGUCCAAAUGCAAGUAGCCCAUAUAGCAGUGGUUUUAAUUCUCCGUCCUCAGCCCCAGUGCGGCCUCCUGUAGUCAAACAACUUAUACUUCCUGGAAAUUCAGGUAAUUUGAAAAAUUCAGACAGAAAUCCUCCACUCAGUCCUCAAUCUUCUAUAGACAGCGAGCUAAGUGCUUCGGAAUUAGAUGAAGAUUCAAUUGGAUCCAAUUAUAAGUUGAAUGAUGUAACCGAUGUGCAGAUUCUAGCUCGCAUGCAGGAAGAAAGUCUCCGGCAAGAAUAUGCAGCCACCACAUCUCGACGCAGUUCUGGUUCAUCUUGCAAUUCAACGAGACGGGGUACUUUUAGUGAUCAGGAACUUGAUGCACAAAGUUUAGAUGAUGAAGAUGACAGUAUGCAUCACGCAGUAUACCCUGCUGUUAACAGGUUUUCACCAUCACCACGCAAUUCACCUCGACCAUCACCUAAGCAGUCACCCAGAAACUCGCCUCGUUCGAGAUCUCCUGCUCGGGGAAUGGAGUAUAGUAGAGUGUCCCCACAGCCUAUGAUUAGCCGCUUACAGCAGCCUCGCCUCUCACUUCAGGGCCAUCCCACAGAUUUGCAGACAAGCAAUGUUAAAAAUGAAGAAAAGCUAAGACGCAGUCUUCCAAACCUGUCCCGAACAUCCAGUACACAAGUUGACUCGGUGAAAAGCAGUAGAAGUGACUCGAAUUUCCAAGUGCCAAAUGGAGGGAUACCUCGCAUGCAACCUCAGGCUUCAGCCACUUCGCAAAGGCUGAAAAAUUUGCCUCGUACUUCCCUCAAAGCCAAACAGUUGCUUCAAACUACAUCUACAAAAAGAGUACCGUCUCCAGGCAAAUUCCGCUCCCCUGCAGCACCAUCUCCUUUGGCUCUCCGGCAGCCAAUGAAAGCAUUUAGUAACCAUGGUUCUGGUUCUCCUGGUGGCCAGGAAGUCACACAGCUCACACAAACCACCUCCUCACCUGGGCCACCCCUGGUUCAGAACACAGCCCCAGCAACUCCUCCCAGCAAUAUCAACAGCGCUACUCUAACCAGACCUGCAGGGACAACUGCUAUGAGGAGUGGCUUGCCCAGACCCAGUGCCCCUUCUGCUGGGGGUAUACCAGUGCCUCGCAGCAAACUUGCACAGCCUGUUCGCAGAUCCUUGCAAACUCCUAAAACUUACGGUAGCAUGAAAGACGACAGUUGGAAAGAUGGCUGUUACUGACCAGCAAAGACAAGCAUGCAGAGGUCCACGGCUUCACGGAUACCCCUUCACCAGGCGAAGCAACACCUUUUAUAUGCAGACUCUUCAGAUAAGACUCGUGGGGUUUAUAAAAUCCCAGCCCUCUCUGUCUUAAUUGAGCACAAACCGACAGAGAUGAUCAAGCAGCACUUUAAUGACAUUUAACAUCAGAUGCGUUUGGUAAUCAUACAAUCACUCUCCAUGGAAUCAUUUUUAGUUUUGUUUAAUAGAAACCAAGUUGAUUUUUUCAUAUUUGACAGAGGCCAAGAUCUGGGCAAAAACCUCAUGGAUGCCAAAGAGAAAUGCCCAUCUGUAAAUGAGAGAGUACCUGCGUGCACAAGAAAGUGGUGAAUUCAGGGCUUAUCCAAAACCUCUACGGUCAACCGAAUUUACUGUAUAAAUCAUACCAAUAAAUAUCUGUGUUAAUGAGAACUAAUAUUCUGACUAAUUAUCUAAAGUGUUUCAUUAGUGCUUUAUUAGCACUCCAGGACACUAAACUGAAAAAAAAAAAGGAAUAGAAAACCGGAUUAAGAAUUGGAGACAUAAAAAUCUAAAUUUGGAAGCAUUCUAGAAAAUUUUUUUCCAGAUUUUACUAGAAAAAUUGUAUACUAGAUGGCACAUCACUUUGUUUAAUCUUAAAUUUGAGGUGUAGCUGACAUACCACCAUCAGCAGAUGCAUCCAUCAUGUUCCAUUGACAUAGUGGACUUUCAUGUGUUUGUUUUGAUUGCCAAAAGGGCUUCAUAUCAGUUGUACAAUCUUUCUAAACUUUAUAGUUCCUGGCUCAGGAAAGAAGGCCUUUGCUAUUGAAGGCAACUUCUUCACAUGCUGUUAUCUAUUACCAAACUGAAAACCCGUUUUUGUUAGCAGGCUUCUGUGAUGGGAAAAAGCAAGUAGUGUAUGUCUUCAUUCAUGAUACAACACCACCUCAGUGCUUACAACCUGGAAUGAAACCAUUUCUUGGAAGAAAAAAAAGAAGGGGGGAAAUCUAUGCACUUAACCUACAAAAUCUCUGGUGACGACAGUCAUGCUGUUAAUAUUAAGUGACAAAACGGUCUUUCAUGUGGUAGGAAAUGACGCCUGCUGAAUCCUACUUGUUGGUCCACUUUAACCUGUAACUGUAUAAAACAUCUUUUAGAAAUACUGUUCCUUUUGACUUAGAUUUUGCCUUAUAUCAAUGUUUGCAGUUUGGGUAACAAAGGACUAUUAACUGUUAAAUACUUGCUCUCUCCUGGCUCUUAUGUAUACACCCUUGAAAUCACCGAUUUUCGUUUUAUCUGUUUCCAGACUAAAACUUCCUUCUGCAACAGGCUGCUCAUUUUUAAUAGCAAGGUCUGUUAUUAAAUAUUUAAUUUGAACAACUCUAAAAUGAUUGGAAAUUGGGCAGCUAAAAGAAUUUAAAGAAUUUAACAUCGUCCAUUUCCUGUUAGUCAAAAGCAUUCUGUAAGUUGGCAAAAGGAAGGGAGAGAAACGGAAGGCUUGGUAUUUAUUAGCAGGCAGUCAGUUAGCACAAGCAGCUGGAGAUUUAAACUGCCUCUACUACUUUUUUGGGGGGAUGUAUUGAUGCAAGAGAGAAAGCUAUCCAUGAGUUUAAUUAAGGGUGAUGGGGCGGGACAGGACCAGAAUUCCACAUGAUGAACUAAAACACGUCUCCUUUCAGAGGAAGAUGGAAACAGCAUGUGCUUUGGGUUGGGAGCUGAUGUGAAUCUGCACAACUGAAAGAAAGCACUGACUAGCACUGUCUAACUUCAGGAUCACAUGUACACAACUUAACUAGGGCUCCCUUUGCAGUACAACAUUGCAAAGCAAAUAAAAUACGCUGCAGCCAACUAAUCCUAUUAGGAAACAUCCAGUACAUUUUUAAGUUUAAUCCGUUUCUAAAGGAAUAUUCAGGUUAUUGAAGUUUGUUUUUGUUUUGAAUGAAAAUAUUUCAUCACUUAUUAAAAGCAUAUUUUGGAUCUGAGUUUCAUAAAGUAUUAUUUUACCUGUUGUUGUACUACCACAGACUCUGGGGUUUUCAAUUUCCUAAAGAGAAAAAUUGCCUUUUUACUAGGAAGACUUUGUAUAUUGCCAAUUUUUCUGUUUGGGGAAGUCCAAGGAUACUGUGGUUAGUCUUACAGAAGAAAUGUGGAUUUGAUAAACUAGUGCCUAUGAUUUGAACUUAUGUUUGACAUAUAGUAGUAAAGGUUUUAUGAAUGUGGAUUUUUUUUCUGUGCCAACAGCCCAGAAUUGUCACUUAUAUGUAAGCAGAAAGCUGUGUGAGCUCUGCUUCCAAAGUUAUUUAAUUUUCUCAGUGUUUGAAUGUUAUUUUUUGUAAGUGUGUUAAUAAAAAUGUAAAAAAAAAUGGAAAAAUAUAAAUAUUCUUAACUCAAGCAUUUGCUGGAUCAUUUUUCUACAAAACUUGUUUGUACAAUAGAAAACACUCUCUAAAGAGUUGACUUUUUUCAGUUUUCAUACCUUGGAAAUCACAUUUUGUAAAACUGGGAACCAUUCAUAAUUGUCUAAUACUUUUUAAAAUUCUCUCAAUACAUCACUUUUAUAAAAUUUUUAAAAAUCACUUUUUUUGAAAGAGAAUUAGUUGCAUAUGUGGCCCCAGAUGUGUGUAUAACUCUAGAAUGAUCUAGACUAUGUAUGUUUGAAUUUUUUAUUGAAUGUACAGGUGUCCAUUUUUGACAUUACGCAUGGUCCUUUUAGAUCACAUGAAGUUUGAUUUGCAAACAUUUUUUAGCCGAACUUGUAUAUGUGGUUGCAUCCUUAAUAAACAGCCUGACCAUAAUGUUUAUUAUUAAAUUUA